AUGGUUGAUUCGCUUAUAGUUUUGAGAAUCAAAAAGGUUCCCUAUCCUUCGCCCUAUGAGUCGAGCGCCGACAAUGGUGUCAUGACUUUUAAUCGCCAUCUCCAAUGCCUCUUCAGGGACAAUUGGUCACCUAUCCCCUUGACGGCGAAGUUAGUUGAGUAUGAAGUUCGGGUUGAUUUGGUUGGUGCAUGGGCAAGUUAUUCAAAUCAGAUUUUGAUUGACAGUCAUCCAGUCAUGGAAUUGGAGGCUGGAUUGAUCCAAGCAGUCCAUUAUUUGAUUUGUUGUUUCCUUUGGCAGGUGCAGUGGAAGUUCAUCUCUGGUUUUGAUAUUGUGAGUUUGAUUCUUGGAGGCUUUGGAUGGUUGGAUUUGGUUAUGGGCAAAUCUCAACGUGGUGCCGUUGGAGGGUCACAGGAUCCGGCAGUCUCUCCCGCAAGACGUUUUACCCGGGCAUCCGCACGUAACAGCCCCCUAGAGGCAACUCAUCCCGCAAGCAGGAAUCCAUCGCCCAUCCGCAAUCCCACAAAGAAAGUGACAAAACGGAAGGGAUCUCGGGUCUCGCCACUGCUCCAGCGACUCCGGUCCAUCACAUCAGAGUGGGAGAAAGAGCGCGAUGCUCGUGGUCAAAGCAUGAAGCCAACAUCUUCCACUCGAAGGGCAGUGCUUCAGGAUUCAGAGGGCCCUUUGGAGGAACAUGAUGAUAGGGAUGUUCCAUCACUUUUUGAUCCGACGGCACUGACACAGGAUGACGAUGAUACAAUCCCCCCCACACAAGCAGAUGACGAGACACUUCCGCCGACGCAAGACAUGGAGACUGCAGAGAGUGAUAUGCCACUCUUGGAUGAAGGGCCAGGCUCCGACCCCACUCUGAUGACAGGAACAGAGGCGGGCAAUAUGGCACCAUUGGACGAGAUGACAUCGCACGACGCUGGUUCGUCAAAGAAAAAGCAGGGGAGAGGGGCGGCACGAAUGCCGCGUGGAUGGGGAAAAGAUCACAGGAUGCUUGUAUUCACAUCGCCGGAUGGUAAAAGCAUCGUCGGACCCGACGUAAACGAGUACAAGACAGCCAUUGGGGUCAUUGCACGCAACGGAGCUCGACUUCCUCUACAUUACCCCACGUUCGCUGAGAUACCGGAGACGAAGAGACAGGGUGCAUGGAUGGAGGUUCAGAGCAACAGCGGAUUACCAGACUCAGCAGAGAAAGUGGUCUUGGCUGACCUAAGGGAAGUUUGGAGGCACUGGAAAUACAGCAUCAAAUCAACUUACUUCAAUCCGAUCGAGGACGAUGAAGAAGCACUGAAGAAGGUUCCCUCAAGCAGGAUUGUGCCCGAUCAGUGGCCGAAGUUGGUUGAGUAUUGGCGCGACGAGAAGGUGAAGCUUCAAUCCAAGAAAAAUGCGUCGAACGUAGCGAAAAGAAGCUUUCCACAUCGUACUGGGCGGAAGUCAUUCACGACUCUGGCAGAGGAGAUCAAGGCAAAGGGGAAGGACCCCGACAAUCUGGAGAUUUGGAUUUCCAGUCGCACACAAGGCAAGGGAAAGGAUGACCAAGAAACCGAGGAGAUAUUGACUUAUUUACAGAAUGAGCUAAACAAGGUUCCCCCUGAAGGGCGGACUCCCUCUGUUCGGGAGACUCUGUACCGACGGGCCCUUGGGGGAAAGAUUAAGAAGCGGUCAAAGGUCGACAGUGCGGCAAGUUCAGCUCAUCCCCGCAGCGAGUCAACUGGUUUAACAGACAGUGUAGCAUUCCAGCAUGGGUGGGAACAACUACAGAAUGGAAUGGAGGAGCUGAAGGCAAUGAUGGAUGAGUUCAAAACCAUCAAGGCUGAUGUGUAUGCAUUCAUGCACAGAAACUCCGGAGCGGUUACUGGCCAGGCAGGCACAUCUCGUAUUGAUUCAGUCCCUGAGAUUCCCAGGCCUGUGUCCGAGCCAAGCAUGACGGUCGGCACACAUGUGCUUCUAUUUUCCCGCACCGGUGAGAAAAAAGUUGUUGCAGAGGGACUUCUGCUCUGCCCCCCUGGGCCAUGCCUCAUAUUGCGUAUUAGCAUGGAUUCACUAAGUGUAGAAGUAUACAAUGAUACGAUCCGUGGAUUUCCAAAGCGAUGUAGACUGUUAAUGUAG